CCCUGUAUGUAACGAACGAACGGUAAAUAGUAAUGUUUUUGAAGAAAAUCUCACAUUUCUUCAAAAGACAUUUAAAUCGAAAUCGGAGAAAAAGGGCGGCAGACUUCAAAUUUCACUGCUAAAUCGAUCGAGGCGAAGAAUUGCAGGAUCCAAUCCAGCAGCCAGAUGAGUGGGCCGAGGCUCUGCUCUUUGCUCGCCGAUUUGGGGUAUGAGGGUGCUCACGCAUUGGAUCCAGACAGUUUCGAAUGGCCAUUUCAGUACGACGAAGCUCGCUCCAUUCUCGAUUGGAUCUGCUCCAGCCUUCGCCCCUCCAAUGUCCUCUCCCCUUCCGAGCUUUCCCAGUACGGGCAAUUCCUGGAAGAGGGGAAGCUUUUGGAGGGAGAGGAUUUGGAUUCUGCUUAUGAUAGCAUUUCGGCCUUUUCGUCUAGGCGGGACAACCAGGACGCUCUUUUCGGAGGCGAAGAAGGACUGAGGGAUAUACGAGAAGCAACUCUCGCAUAUAAAUCCGAAGCACUAGAGUUGCAAAGACAACUAAGACAUCUCCAGUCUCAAUAUGAUAUGCUUACAAGCCAAGCUUCUACUUUGACCCAGGGGAGGCGGGCACGAGUUGCUGCAACUUCUAGUGUCAAUGGGCAACUAACAAGCAUAGAUGAUAGCAUCUCCGCUAGGAAUCUUGAGAUGAAUGCAGUUCUAGGAAGGAUUGCAUCCACAGCCCAAGAGUUGGCUCAUUAUCAUUCAGGCGAUGAGGAUGGCAUCUAUUUGGCUUACUCCGACUUCCAUCCAUACCUAGUUGGGGAUUCAUCUUGCAUAAAGGAGCUGAAUCAGUGGUUUGCUAAACAACUAGACACGGGGCUUUAUCGACUAGUUGCUGAGGAGGGGAAGUCUAAAUGUUCAUGGGUGAGUCUUGAUGACAUGUCAAAUAUCCUAGUAAGAGCAGAUCUAGAGACAUCCCAUCAUCAACGUGUAUCUGAAUUGCAAAGGCUACGCUCAAUUUUUGGGACAAGUGAAAGACAAUGGGUUGAAGCUCAAGUUGAAAACGCAAAGCAGCAAGCUAUUCUAAUGGUUCUCAAGUCGCAAGUAACGUCAGAUGAAGCCCAUAUUCAUCUUGAUCUUCAUUCUCUCAGGAGAAAGCAUUCUGAACUGGUAGGGGAACUUUCCAAUCUCUAUGAUAAAGAAGAGAAAUUAUUAUCUGAGACUAUUCCUGAUCUGUGUUGGGAAUUGGCUCAAUUGCAAGACACGUACAUUUUGCAAGGUGACUAUGAUUUGAAGGUCAUGCGUCAAGAAUACUAUAUUGAUCGGCAGAAAGUGUUCAUCAGUCAUCUGGUCAAUCAGCUUGCUAGGCAUCAAUUCCUGAAAAUAGCUUGUCAACUGGAAAAGAAGAACAUGCUUGGAGCAUAUUCAUUGCUUAAAGUUAUAGAGUCAGAACUUCAAGCGUAUUUGUCAGCCACCAAGGGACGAGUGGGUCGUUGCCUGGCACUGAUUCAAGCUGCUUCUGAUGUACAAGAACAAGGUGCAGUUGAUGAUCGCGAUAAUUUUUUGCAUGGCGUCAGAGAUCUAUUAAGCAUACAUUCAAAUAUCCAGGCUGGAGUAUCAACUUAUGUGUCUGCUCCCGGCAUUAUUCAACAGAUAUCUAGUCUUCAUUCAGACUUGAGAACCCUACAAUCUGAUCUUGAAAACUCCCUCCCAGGCGACAGAAAUAGAUGCAUCAAUGAUCUGUGCUCUCUUAUUCAAAGUUUGCAGCAAUUACUUUUCGCCUCUUCGACAACUGCACAACCAAUACUAACACCGCGGGCCUUGAUGAAAGAGCUGGAUGAAAUGGAAAAGAUAAAUGCCAAACUAUCUUCUGCAGUUGAAGAGGUUACCUUGGAGCACUGUAAAAAGAAUGAGAUUGUAAAACAUCAUUCUCAGGAGGUUGGGCUACAACGUCGCGUUUUCUACGAUUUCUUUUGCAAUCCUGAGCGUUUGAGGAGUCAAGUUAGGGAGUUGACUGCUCGAGUCAGAGCGAUGCAAGCUUCGUAGUUGACUUUGUUUGUAAAUAUAAUUUUUCUUGUUGCUUUAUCAUUGUAUUUAUCUGUUACAAUAUAUCAUCUGAGGAUGCUUAAUUGCAAAAGAAAGGUUUGAGUUUUAAUGACACCAAUGAUCUGAUUUGGCAGUGUUGACCACAAUGAUUCAAUGAUAUAGUUCCACUUUGACAAUUGUUAGAGUGCUUGAGA